AUGAUCAGAAGGGAAGGAAACACCCAUGGGGCUCAGAGAUCUGACCUAGAGUCUGCCCCCUGCCCCCCGGCCUACCAGCUGGGGAGUUCGGGCAACUGGCUUAAGUCUCUGAACUCCGGCUCCUCCUAUGGUUGCACUGAGGAGAAAGGAGACAUCUGGCUAGCCCUCUCUCCAGCUCCCACGGCCACGGUCUUCACCCCGGCUCCCCUGGAGGACACCUCUGCGCACCCCCAGUUCUGCAAGUGGCCGUGCGAGUGCCCGCCCUCCCCGCCCCGCUGCCCGCUGGGGGUCAGCCUCAUCACAGACGGCUGCGAGUGCUGUAAGAUAUGCGCUCAGCAGCUCGGGGACAACUGCACGGAGGCUGCUGUCUGUGACCCCCACCGGGGCCUCUACUGUGACUACAGUGGGGACAGCCCGAGGUACGCAGUAGGAGUAUGUGCACAGGUGGUCGGCGUGGGCUGCGUGCUGGACGGCGUGCGCUACAACAACGGCCAGUCCUUCCAGCCCAACUGCAAGUACAACUGCACGUGCGUGGGCGGCGCGGUGGGCUGCACGCCGCUCUGCCUCCGCGCACGCCCCCCGCGCGUCUGGUGCCGCCACGCCCGGCGGGUGAGCGUGCCCGGGCGCUGCUGCGAGCAGUGGGUGUGCGACGACGACGCCAGGAGGCCACGCAAGACCGCGCCGCGCCACACGGGCGCCUUCGCAGCCAUGGAUGAGAUAGAGCCGUGGCACAGGAACUGCAUAGCCUACAGCAGCCCCUGGAGCCCCUGCUCUGCCAGCUGCGGCCUGGGGGUCUCCACCCGCAUCUCCAACGUCAAUGCCCGGUGCUGGCCUGAGCAGGAGAGUCGCCUCUGCAACCUGCGGCCCUGUGACGUGGACCUCUGGCCACACGUCAAGGAAGGGAAGAAGUGUCUGGCCGUGUACCAGCCAGAAGCGCCCGUGAACUUUACACUGGCCGGCUGCACCAGCACACGUUCGUACCGGCCCAAGUACUGUGGGGUCUGCACAGACAACAGGUGCUGCAUCCCCUACAAGUCCAAAACCAUCGACAUCUCCUUCCAGUGUCCUGACGGGCCUGGCUUCUCCCGCCAGGCCCUGUGGAUUAAUGCUUGCUUCUGCAACCUGAGCUGUCGGAAUCCCAACGAUAUUUUUGCCGACUUGGAUUCCUACCCUGACUUCUCAGAAAUUGCCAAUUAGGCAGGCACAAAACACGAGCUCGAGGCCUGGCCCCAUGCUUGUAAAGCAGGCAGCCUUCUGAGGCCCACACUGAGCCUUCUUUUGUCCACCUUACCCUGAUCCGGACCCGUGGCCCCCUUUCCUGUCUCCGACCACCCAAAGCACCCAUCGUGGUGCCGCUCAAGCCCAGACAAUGGGUCCUCUCCUUGACAAUUCCACGUACACUCCAAGGAAAGUGCCUGUCUCCAGCCGUUCUGGUCAAUACCCAAGGCUGAUCCGGCCUGUCCAAGUCACUGGACGUCUUGCUGGAUCUUGCCCAAGUCUCAAGGAACAGAAUCAGCUAGGCAUUCAGUGUCACUAAUUCCUUCUUUAAAUACCAAAUCGUAAGACUCUCUGGGUCCAUUCAGAAGGAUAGAUGGGAUUUAGAACUACUCCGAUCGACAGUUGUGACCACCGCACACCAAAGUAUCUCUCAUUCCAAAGAUUUGUGCCUCCCAAGGUCACCCAGCAUUUGCCAAGUGAGGUGAAUUGCUGUUUGGGUUUGGUUUUUUUAAUGAACAAUUGUAUCCAUUAUUCCGGGCAUUG